CGCAAGUUUGAGUGAUGGCAGCCAAGAGAACCAACGCCAUGAACCAAACACCAUACAGUCCACAGGAACCAACUACAGUGGACGUGAUUCACCAUGUUGUGAAUUCCUACAUUGGGAUGAUUGACCCCAGGCAGUGGGCCUUUUUGCUCACAGGAGCCCCUGAUGGCAAGACCAGAUACAUCCUGGUAGAGCUGCUGAUUGACUUGGUGGAGCUCAUUAACCAAUCAUCGCUGUCAGAGGAGAAGAGGAGAGGAGCUAAACCCUGGGAGUUCCUGUCAUCCGGUUUGGGGGAGACAAUACCCCAAACCUUUCCUCAAAUUCUGGUGGUUCCAGACGAGGUUUUCCAUGAGAUCUUGGACUCCCUGAGGAGCAUCCUCAUCAGAGUAGCGACAGCAGCAUAUGUGAAGUGCAUGCACUUUGUCCGCACUCCCCCUGCGACACCAUGUGGACAGUACAACACUGCCCUCAAAGCACUGUUUGAGGAAAUGGUUGAUCGCAUCAUUGAAAAGCUGUGCAGUGAGAAGAAGAGACUGAUGUCCAAGCAUCAACGUCUCCACCUGGGACUCGUGGCCACUUCCAAACCAACACUCCCUAAAGAAGAAGAUCUGGAGUCAAACAAACCUGGAGUCUGCAACAAUGACAUCCCAGAGAGUUUGGAAAUGCCGCCUGAGCCACUUCCCAAAAAGUCUCCUCCUGUGACAGCACAGACGCCCGACGUGACAGACGUCGGCCCUGAGGACACCUCUGUGCCUCCGGACACAGCUUCAGUGUCCACCUCUGAACCUGAGGACACCUCUGUGCCUCCGGACACAGCUUCAGUGUCCACCUCUGAACAUGAGGACAACUCUGUGCCAGCACAGACGCCCGACGUGACAGACGUCGCCCCUGAGGACACCUCUGUGCCUCCGGACACAGCUUCAGUGUCCACCUCUGAACCUGAGGACACCUCUGUGCCUCCGGACACAGCUUCAGUGUCCACCUCUGAACCUGAGGACACCUCUGUGAAAGCACAGACGCCCGACGUGACAGACGUCACCCCUGAGGACACCUUUGUGCCUCCGGACACAGCUUCAGUGUCCACCUCUGAACCUGAGGACACCUCUGUGCCUGCGGACACAGCUUCAGUGUCCACCUCUGAACAUGAGGACAAGUCUGUGCCAGUACAGACGCCCAACGUGACAGACGUCACCCCUGAGGACACCUCUGUGCCUCCGGACACAGCUUCAGUGUCCACCUCUGAACCUGAGGACAAGCAGGACGUGAGAGCGGAGGAAAAAUCAUUCGUGAGCGGUGCAGCGGAGAAGCUCAUUUCACGUGCUCUCAAAAAGUCAAAGGUGACCUCCGCUACAGACUCUCUUGAUGACAUCCACCAGCGGAUAUUCACCAAACUCUGGGAGGGUGUCGAGAGUGAAGGUCUUCACAUCAACCAGGACCAGAUGAAGAACAUAGACAAGGCCGUAUUCAAAGACGUCUGCAAGAAUCUGCACUGCUCGAAGUCAUCUCUGUGGACUCUCAUGGUCUUAGAGGAUCCACCGGUAGAAGACGUCGUCUUGUCUUCUUUUAAAAACCAGAUGAAGAGACAAUCCCAGGAACCUGGGCCCAUCAAGAAGUUCUUCAGAUCAAUAGGCAGAGCUUUCUGCAGGCCCACAGUACUGGUGUCCUAAAGCUCAACAUCUACAUCAUCAUCGACGAAUCCACCUCAGAGCUCAACCAGGAAGUUACCAACUCCCCCCCCCCUUCCCUUCCAC